AUGCUGAUGAAGAAGAGCAUUUGCAUUGCGUUGGUUACCAUAAUGCUUGUAUUGUCAUCACAGCUCUGUUCGGUGCAAAGUCGAGUUCUUCGAUCCAAGGUGUUACCAGAAGUAGCUGAUGAUUGUGCAGAGUUGAAAGGAUCAGGUUCUUCUCUAUGGAGGCUCUUUGCUGUUUCUUCCAACAAUUCAAUCACUCGUCACCUUCACCUCAAGAAUGACCAAGGAGGUUCAGGAUUUCGACACGUGCGGACGACAAUGGCCAAACCAUGUGGUUAUGCUGAUUUUGAGUCCUCACUGACUCACCCAGAUAGAACGGAAUCGUUGUGGGAGAAGCUGGUGAUUCUUGCUGCUAAUAUUAACGCCCCUUGGCACUUCUGGAAUUCCAAAGCUUUCCUUAUACUUGGAAACGAGGACAUGCAGUGGAGGCUCAUGUUCAAGGAAGCUUUUAUCUUUCGCCUUCCUCAGUUCAAAUCGUACCACCUAUGGUGGUGGAAUUUACCAGAAAUGGUGAACCUGAUUAAUAGACAUAGGAGUCCCUUUCGCUUUUUGCGUCGUGGGUCAUCGCAGCAAGGUUUUGAACCCUUUAUGCGGGAGAAAUAG